AUGGAGGGCGAGCCGCCGGUCGGGCCCCGGGGCCACGGUCCGGAGCGAGGGGGUGGCAGCGGGGCGGCCGGGGGACCGUCCAGCUCCGGCACCCGCUGGGACCCCCCCACGGGCAACGGGGACGGACCCACGGUGGUGGCGGCGGCGGUCAGCAACGCGGCCUUCGAGGGCGACCCGCCGCCCUAUUCCCCCCCGGACCCCAAGAGCGUUCAUCUCCUCUACCCGCCGUUCCCGGCCGGCUUCUCCCAGCAAGCGCCCGUCCUCUACCAGCCAGGGCGGGGGCCAGGACCAUUCCCACCCCAGGGCAUCCCACCCUCACCCCUGCCCUACACCACCUAUGACGGGCAGCCGAGCACGGGGCCAUCACCCGCCGGCUGUGGGCAGCGCUUGCCCAAGGACUACAUGGUGGAGUCGGUGCUGGUGACCGUCUUCUGCUGCCUGCUGACCGGGGUCGUCGCCCUCCUCUACUCCCACGAGACCCGGGCUGCGCUCGGCCGUGGGGACGUGGCCCAGGCAAACGCGGCAUCCAAAAAAGCCCAGUCGCUGGUCCUCUUCAGCCUCCUCUUCGGGUUGUUCGCCUCCAUCAGCUGGGUCGUCUACGUCCUGGUGGCCCUGUACCUAUGA